AUGGAGAGGGACGGCAACUCCAGAAACUCAACCGACGAGGCUGACGUCGUCUCAACGAAAAAUGCCGACACUGAUGCUACCACUGCACACAUUCAAACCAAGGACUUCUCGGCGCCUCCUUCCCAGGAUGAUGCUGUGCGUGGGGGGCAGAAAGGCCAGGUUGGCGUGAGCGCAGGCCGGGAGCCCGUCGACUCGGGUCCCGGCUUCGUGGAUGUCAACGGCGACGUGGGUGGUUCCGGUCAUAACGAAACGGUAGUUGAUGUCAUCGCGGUACCAUGUCCGGGUGCCGACCCGAUCAACACCUGGACUUUUGGCCAUGAGACUUCACGCCAUGAAACGUCCGGCGAUGCUAGCGUCCCAGGUGAGAUGGGAUCGCGUAGCUCGUCGCGUAGGUCUGGCCCCUGGGUCACAAAGAAUCUGCGCAUGGCUGCUAGCAUCGCCCGAGUUUCUCUCUACCGACAUCGCGCGUUGGAGGACGGCAUGACCUUGAAGUCCUUGGCCGGGGAUUUACUAGACCAGGUGGACCGGAUACGUGAUGGGGCGGCCGCGCGCCCCCUAUUUUUCAUCGGCCACAGCAUCGGCGGCCUGGUUGUCAAAUACGCGUUGGUUAGAGCAAAUCACGGCUCUCAGUACCGGACGAUAGUAGACAACUGUCAUGGGGUUACCUUUUUCGGCACACCGCACCAGGGAUCGAGCUACAUGUCCAUGACGAGCCUCAAGGAGAGCAUCCAGGACAUCCUUCAACUGCAGGGGACCCUUCCUCAAUCACUAACCGACGAGAUCAACGUCCGUAAUCUGGAUCUUGUCGGUCUGCACGACGAGUUUGUAGACAUGGCGAGUGAAUUCCGUCUUUGGUCCUUUUACGAGACCCAAGAGUCCAUGUUGUCUGGUUCUGCUGCUGGCUUUUCCAGCGACGUUCAGUUCGGUGCCCCUCUGGUAUCGGUCAAAUCGGCACUCCUUGAAGUAUGGCAGGAAGACGUGUACGCUGUCGACAGUGACCACGCCCACCUUGCUUCGUUCGGGCCUAGCAAUGCGCGCAUCAUGGAUUCGUACCUUGCCGAUUUCGCCCAGGCCAUCGACAAGGCAGCCCGGCUCAAUCUCGCCCACCGCCACACACCGCUGCAUUUGAAGUCCCUCGUCAAGGUUGAGGUCAUUGGCUUCUACGAAGACCUGGAGGCCAUGAUGGCAUCACCUCGGCAGCAGCAGGGUGGCGAGACUGGCUCCAUGAUCCGACUGUAUUCUACAAAGCAUCCUUAUAAGGAUUUCCUGAAAAAAGGUCCAGACCGCUGCUUAACAGAACGGCUCCAUAAGGGACCCAAGCGACGGUCCAGCAAGCGCAGUAUCGGCCGUCGCUCUGAAGCAGAGCCAUCGGCGAGAGAGCCGAAAAAAGAGGGGGCCGGACUUGGCCUUCGCAGCCAGACGACCGACGCAUCACAGAGUACUGCGUCGACGUUAUCGCCAAACAUCGUCAUCACAACUCCGAGGGAGAGGCCACCGCUGUUGAGGGUGCCAGUCCAAUCAGCGCCUCUCUUUCGCCCCCCAAGUCCGGACAGUAUCGCCAGCGUCAGCACCACCAUGUCAGAGCCAACACUGCCGCUACCGUCUCUCGGCGACUUUGCGGGGGAAGACGCCCAUACCAUCGACUUGCUGGCUCAGCAGCAAGCAAAGUCGUUGAUGAAGGAACAUGGCCUUACCGCCACGGCUGGCUUCUCCCGGCCCAGCCCAUCAGCGAGGAAGUUUAUGUGGGUUCAUAUGCCAUUCAACAACCCGGUCUGGGUCAAGGAAAUCUUUGCAACGAUAUCCAAGACCCAAGGGCUAGAAUUUUCGCGGCUUUUCGACUAUGAUAACUGGGUGUCCAAGCAGAUCCAAAACCGCAAUUCGGAAUCCCAGCCGGCGUACCUCAAGGCGAUGUGCAAAUACCUCUCUGCUGCAGACCGUUUAACCUCACCGCGGAUUCCCUCGCCUUUAUUUGGCCCCGUCAGCACGGGUAUCACUCCUAAUUGCCUUUUUCUUUACCUCCCUUAUCUCCACUUCGACACAUACCAGGGCAUGAUCCGGCGCCGGAAGUUGAUCACAAAGCGCCGGUUCCAUGGGCGAGCGAAACCCGUCCCUCGGUGGGUCGAGCAGGAAUCGCUUGAACUCAAGGUGAUUUGGGAGUACAUCGGCUUCGACCCUCCACUGAAUUGCCGACGAACCCUGGAUCAGUUCGGGCAUCACUCUCUCAGGGAUACCAAUUCGCGGGACGAUGACCAAAUGCUGUACAAGCUCACCAAGAAGGACGCACCGGCGCCGUGGAGGCGGAUGGCCAACAUUGGCUCUGCUCGGUCCUCAGCUGGGCGCUCCUUGCCCUCGGCCAAAGGAUCUUCUUCGAGCUUAUACGCCGGCACAGAUGCCGAGUUCGGCGUCGAACCUGGGUCUGAACUCAAGGAUGGCAACGUCCUGAUGGUUGAUCAGCUAUGGCUCUGGUCCAUUGAUAUGACUACCCUGGUGACUUUUUUCUCCAAGCGGGAGUCUAGCCCUACGGAAGGGACCCUGUUCCAGCAGGCGGAUUUGCGGAGCAGCGUCUACAAUGAGCUCAACGGCGAUCUCACAGGAAGGACGGAGAACACUCUGGACCUUGCGGCGUUGAUCGUAUGGCAUGCUGUCACUGUUCUUCUCGACCGGUCCUCGCACCCCGAUCUUGAGAUAUUCCGCCUCUUUGACGAGGCCAUCGGUAUGCUGGCCGAGCGGAUGACGCUUAACAUGAAGCAAUUUCGAAUCAGUGCCCUUGACAUGGAGCCAGAUGACGAGGACGGGUCAGACGAAUCGGGUGUCGAAGGGGAAAGUCCAACUGCGAUUAAGAAGCGCCACAAACGUGAAUUGGAACGGUCAGAGCGUGAAAAUAGGGAAAACACGUCGGCCCUGUUGGAGUUACGCGACCUGGAGGAUGAGCUGACGACACUCUCCAAACUUUUCGACAUGCAAGAGUCGACAAUUCGCCAGAUGAAGGAAAUCUACACGAGCAAGGACUUCAACGAUACCACUAAAAACGGGCAAGACUACCUGGAUGAGGCGCUCGAGUACCUCGAGGACUACAAGCAGCAGACUGCCGAGAUGCUGAAGAGGGUAGAUACUACGAGGAAUGACUAUGAAAAGAUGCUAGAGAUGGUACAGCGCCAGGCCCAAGUCGACGAGGUUCGAUGGUCGCGUUUGCAAGCCGAGCUGGCGUCGAGCCAGAACCUCUCGGUCAUGAUCUUCACAACCUUCACCGUCAUUUUCCUCCCCCUGACCUUCUUCACCGGCUUGUUUGGUAUGAACACGAUCGAGUGGCAGGAGGAGGACAUACCGAGCCUGAGGCAAAUUGGCGCCAUCUCCCUCCCGGCAUCGAUACUCCUAAUCCUUGUGUCGCUGGUGGCGGCCUUUAGUUGGCGCGUGCAGGGCACUUUCAAGGCAACGUACAACGGCAUUAAGACGUCGUGGAAGAUGAUCAAGAACGUUUAUUCCGAACGGUUGGAACCGACAUCGAGGAAAAUUGCCAAGAGAAGAAGGAGGGAGGAGAAAAAGAGGCGGAAGAGGGAGGCGAAGAUGGCGCAGGACGACCAGAGCUACGACUUCUGGGCCAUGGUCAAAAGGCAACAGAGAAGUGUGCAAUACCAGAUCCCAGAACAGAACGUCACCGGCUCGACGGCUGUUGAUGCGCCGAAGAACCGAAAGCGACCAUGA